GUUUACGUGAGUGAUAUGGCAAUAUUUAGUGAAAUCAACGUUAGAUGGCCUUGUGUAAUCUUAAGUUUGUGACAACAUUAUAUUCAGCAGUAUUUGUGCUUCGUCGUUAUUUGAUUAGAAAAUAUAAGACUAAGACCGUGAAAGCAUGGACAGAAAUUUUUAUACGUAACGUGACACUCAAAAGGUUUUGCAUGAGAAAGUUUCAAAGUAAACAUGGAAUGCCUUAUCUUCAAAAGGAUUCACAAGAUUGUGAGGAGAGCUUCGAGUCGAAAGUCUCAUGAAGAGUCUAGAACAGUGUAUGUUGGCCAUAGGCAUCCACCAGGUAAAGAAGAUGAAUUAGAAGGAAAGUUUCCAGACAACACUGUAGUUUCUUCUAAGUACACUUUAUGGAACUUUAUCCCAAAGAAUCUAUUUGAACAAUUUCGAAGAAUUGCCAACUUUUACUUCCUGUGUAUAGCUGUAAUACAACUCAGCAUAAACAGCCCUGUCAGCCCACUGACCAGCCUAGCGCCACUCAUAUUUGUUGUAACUGUAACUGCCAUCAAACAAGGUUAUGAAGACUGGUUGAGGCAUAGAGCAGACCGCUUAGUGAAUCAAACACUUGUUCGUGUCAUUAGAGGUAGAAAAAUAGACAGGAUUAAAUCUCAAGACAUAAGGGUUGGAGAUAUUGUCAUGGUGAAAUCUAAUGAGGAAUUCCCUUGUGAUCUUGUGAUGCUUUCAUCUAGUAAUAAAGAAGGACAUUGUCAUAUCACAACUGCUAACCUUGAUGGAGAAACUAACCUCAAGGUUCAUGAGUGUCUUCCAGAAACUCAAACGUACCAGACAACAGAAUGUCUAAAUACAUUGAUUGCUUUCAUUGAGUGCCAAAACCCAACACCUAAUCUUUACAAAUUUAUUGGCAAAAUGACAUUGUACAGAAAUGCUAGUGAAAAUACUGUUUGCUCUUUAGGCCCUGUUAAUUUAUUGUUGAAAGGAGCCAGACUUAAAAACACUGACUUUAUUUUUGGUUGUGCUGUAUAUACAGGUUUUGAAACAAAGUUGUCUUUGAAUCUAAGAUUGACAUCUAAUAAAUUUUCUACUGUAGAAAGGUCCAUGAAUAAAUUCCUGUUGUUUUUCUUAGUGUUGCUAGUCACUGAAGUUUCCAUUGCAACAGGAUUGAGAUAUUUCUAUAUAAGAGAUCCUGUUUUAGGGGUCUCAUGGUAUCUACAAUCAAACUUAAACACAAGUGCAAGAGAAGUUUUUACCGAUUUUCUUGCGUUUCUAGUUUUGUUCAAUUACAUAAUACCAAUUUCUUUAUAUGUAACUAUUGAAAUGGUGAAGUUUUUUGGUGUUAUGUUUCUAACAUGGGAUGGUGAACUAUAUGAUGAAAAUUCGAAUGAAUGUGCAAAGUGCAAUAGCUCAGACCUAAAUGAAGAACUUGGUCAAGUACAGUAUUUGUUCACUGACAAAACAGGAACUUUAACAGAAAAUGACAUGGUUUUUCGACAUUCUUCCAUCGAUGGUGUUAAGUACACUGAGCAUGGUGGUAUGCUUUGCAAAGUUGCUGAAUCAUUCCGUAGUGCUCCUGAACCAGUUUUCCAUUAUUCGGGUCCAGUUGAAGAUUUUCUUCUUGUCUUGGCUGUUUGUAACACAGUCCAGGUGUAUGUAAAAAAUUUAAGUAAUGGUUUCACAAUUGAAAUUAGCAAUAACUGUGAGGAGACUAAUCCAGAGUAUCAUGCAUCAUCACCAGAUGAGAAAGCUUUUGUAGAAGCCUGUUACAGGUUUGGAGUUAUUCUUCAUGGUUUUGUUGAGGAUAACUGUGUUGUGACAUUCCAAAAGAAGAGAAGAAAGCUCAAGAGACUUCAUGUGUUGGAGUUUGAUUCUAACAGGAAAUGUAUGUCUGUGAUAGUUAAAACUGAAGACGGGAGAAUAUUUUUGUUUUGCAAGGGAGCUGAAUCUGCAUUACUUAGUAAAUGUAUUUCAGGACCAGUAGAUGUUACCUUACAGCACAUAAAUGAUUAUGCCAUGGAAGGGUUGCGAACAAUGGUUAUUGCACAGAGAGAGCUCUCAGAAGAGGAGUUUCAUAUAUUUGAUAAAAAAAUUAGAAAAGCCCGAACUGAAAUGACAGAUAGGGAGAAUAAAGUAUCAAAAGUCAUUAAUGAAAUAGAAAGGAAUCUGACACUGUUGGGAGCUACUGGUGUAGAAGAUAAACUACAGGAAGGCGUUUGUGAAACGUUAGCUGCCCUAAGGGCUGCCGGUAUCAAGGUUUGGGUGCUGACUGGGGAUAAAGGAGAAACUGCAGUUAACAUCAGUUACUCAUCAGGACACUUUCAGCGAGGCAUGGUACUCAUGAAGCUUUUACACCAGGAAUCAAGUAGUCAAUGUCAAAGAGAAAUAAUAAACAUAAAGAAUAUAAUAGAGAGGGAACCAAUGAGCAGUUAUGCCUUAGUUGUAGAUGGACACUCACUGGCCUUUGCUCUCCACCAUCAUCGUGAUAUCUUUUAUGAAAUAUGUCGACAGUGCACUGCGGUGUUGUGUUGUCGCAUGUCACCCAUACAAAAAGCUGAGAUUGUGAAGUUUAUCAAGUUAGAACCUGAAGCACCAAUUACAGCUGCAAUUGGGGAUGGGGCUAAUGAUGUUAGCAUGAUUCAAGAAGCUCAUGUUGGUCUUGGCAUUAUGGGUAAAGAAGGUAGACAGGCUGUACGAUGUAGUGAUUUUGCUUUUGCUCGUUUUCGUUUCUUGCAACGCAUACUACUUGUUCAUGGCCAUUAUUACUACAUUCGUGUUUCAACAUUGGUGCAGUAUUUCUUUUACAAGAAUAUAGCUUUCAUCACACCUCAAGUAUAUUAUGCAUUCUUUAAUGCCUUUUCUGCCCAGACAUUAUACCACAGCAUUUACCUUAUGUUCUUCAACAUUUUCUUCACCUCCCUUCCUAUUAUCAUCUAUGGCUUGUCAGAGCAGCAUAUAAGUCAGAAAACCUUACUCGAGAACCCUCACUUGUACAGUAAUAUCAGAAGAAAUUCCAGAAUGAGUAGAUUACAAUUUGCCAAAUGGUUUGUACAAGGAGUAUGGCACUCAUUAGUCUUCUAUUUUGGAACCUAUUUUUUUUGGAAAGAGAAUACUGCCUUGUUCUCAGAUGGUCAGACUUUAGGUUUAUGGAGUUUUGGCACAGCAAUGUUUCACACACUUGUUAUUACUAUUAACUUCAAGCUGUGCUUGCACACCAGGUACUGGACAGGAUUGUUUAUAUUUUCAGUAUUUAUUACUAUCAUUGGUUUCAUUGGAUUUAGCUUUCUCUACUGUGCCUUUUUAUGGCCAUUCCAAGAUAACAACUUGUAUUGGGUGUACAUUAACAUCCUUUCAUCACCUUCAGUCUGGAUUUUGAGCAUUGUAUUAAUUAUUGCUGCUCUUAUACCUGAUGCCUUGGUACUAUUUUGUGAGGAAAGAUUUUCAGAUGUGAAGAGAAUGUGUUCCAGCUUAUGCAGCGUGCACUUAAUGUGCUUGUGGAAUCGAUCCAGUGAUAAUAACUUCUCAAACAACAGUCAACUCAAUAUUGUGGGGGGAUCAAUGACCACAAUCGACCAAACCAGUCUCUGAGAGGUAACUCUCUCUACACAGCUGAACUGUUUUCUUCAAUAAUAUAGAGAGAUUCUUCACCGAGGUCCCAUGCCACAGAGAGAACUCCGUUAAACCAGUACAGGUUGCACAUGUCUACCAUUAGCAGUGAUGCAAGCAACAUGCAUUAGCCCAGAAAACAGGAAAAAAAUACUUCUUCAUGUCCCAUGAAAAAAUACUUGUAACUGUCAGAUAGAUCUCUCCAUUUUAAAAAACACCACUUUGAGAACAUUUUAAAUGUAAAUUCCUUAUUUGGAUGUUAACCACACAUUGUUGCUAUGAGAUGUGAUGUUGAGUUCUUACAUUGUUCUUUGCAUACUUAUAAAUAACUAAGAAAUUUUAGGUUAUGUAUUUUAGAUAUGAAGUAAAAUAAUAAUAGUUUAUUUGAAUCAAUGAAAGGGUUUUGUUCAUUUGUUACUGAUUAAUAUAUAUAUUUGUGUUAUUUGAAACAUAUUCUUAAUGUGGUAAUUUUUAAUGUCAUUGAAGUUGUUUAAAAGUAUGUCCAUCCAUAUAAAUAUUUUAUUUUAUUUCAUGUCUUAUUAAGAAUAGCUUGUCUAUUCUAUGUCACCCUCAUACAGAGUUGUGAUUUGAAACAUUAUACUGUUGCUUUGAAUGGAGAGGAUUCACAAUUCAAAUUAUAUUAAAACCUUCCUGAAGUACAUACAGUAGACAUUAAUGAUUAGUCCAUAUAUUCAUUAUUUUUAUUUCAAAAAAUGUAGUAGGUUAAUAUGCCAACUUAGAAAAACCACAUAAGUUAGCUCUAGUGCUUGUAACUGGAAUGGUCCCUGCUUUCAGUUGAAGAUCAUAGUAAAUUUAAUUUAUGAUGUAUGAUAACUGAAUUAUAUAAUUUUAAUAAAAUAGUAACUGAGAAAGUGGUUAUCUAAUUAUAAGAGUAUAUUGUUACCACUUUGAUAUCAUAUUACUUCCUUCUUUGUUUAAGAUAAUAUUUUAAACAUAUUCACAGAGAUUUAUGUAUAAAGUGGCAGUAUUAUUUGUAUAUUAGCAAAAAUGAAAAUAUUAUUUCUUAAUUAUUUUUGAUGUUGUUCAAAAUAAUAUAUAUAUAUAUAUAUUGUUAAUUUCUAAGAGAGAGAUAUAAUGAAAGAAUAUAAUUAUAUCAAAAACUGGGUUUAUUAAAUCUUUAGAAAGAAAAUAUGUUUUCUUGUGAGUAAUCUUUAUACAGAACCACAUUGAUCCUAAAAACAUAGUAGAUGUAUUUUGAAACUGAAGGCUUUUAAACUUUUAGAAAUAUCUGGGUAUUCUCAAGAAAAAUCAUUAAAAAUAAAUGCUUUAGAUGGAUAUUUUAGAUGCCCAGAAAACAUUUAAGCUAUUAUUACUUUAUUGGUCUUUUUAAUGCAAGGUAGUUACUUUGUGUAAUAAUUAAAUGAAAAUAAAUAAAGUUUCCUUUCAUUUACUAAAGAUUUACGUUUUUUUUUUUUUAUUUAGAUAGGUUUUGAAAAUUGUAAAAUUAAAUUGUCUGAAGUAUCAAUGUAAUUAUGUAAUCAGUGUAAUUAGAGUUUUCUUCUAGUAGAUGGCAUUAUUUAAAAGUCAGUGGUUGCCAGGUAAAGGUAUCUGUAUAACAAACCACACUUUGAAUACUAAAAAUGAUGCACAAGGUAUUUGUAAAUUUAGAUUAACGUAGUUCUAAUGAAAAAAUAACUCGGGGACUGGCCUGUUUGCUUAAAGAUGUUGCAUGUUAAAAAAAAACUUUCUAUAUUUAUCAGCUGUAAAGACUAUAAUGUAAUUAGUAUUAAUCUUAGAAAAUACUGUAUUGUAGAGUUAUAAUUAUAAAGUGUAAAGAGUCUGUAUAAAGUAAGGAAUUUUCAUUACUGGUCUUGUACCAAAGAUUUUCUGUUUUUACCCAUUGGUACUUAAUCUUCUCUGCCUUUAGUAUAAAAAGCUUGUGUUUUUCAACUAGGUGGCAAACAGAUGGCCUAUUUUACACACUUACUUAACUCACUAUAUGCUUAAAUAUACUUAAUAAAUAUAUAUAGUUUAGUUGUAUGUAAUUGAUAAUUCCAUUGUGGUUCAAAGUUAUGUUAAUAGUUUAUUUCUUUAACUGUAAUAAUAAACUUAAAAUUGCUCAGGUAUUUAAAGUUAAACUGAAAUAUACAUAAAGUUAGGUAUUGUACAGAUUUUGUCAAUAAGAUAUGGAAUAACUAUUACUGGUAUUGAACCUGAUUCAGUUGAACUCCAUUCUAUGAUUACUCAACUUUCAUUGCAGUAAGAUGUAAAUUUCAGGCUUUCAUUGUUAGGGGACUAUAUGGACUGGAAUUUCAGUAAACAUAUAUGAAAAACAUCAAAUAAUUAGAAAAGCAAAAAUGAAAAGUACUUUUAAUUAUGUUUUCUGACAGCUUAUAUAUCUUUUAUAAAAUGAAACACUUGCACAAAUGUUGGAGAAUCACUUUACAAAAGUUACUCUAUUUCAUCCAAUUGAAACAGGCCUUUAACAAAAAGAACGAAUGUACAUAUGAGGAUUUGCCACAGUUAGUGUCAAGCAUUGAAACAUAGAAAGUAUUUUUAUCAUCUAAAAAAAAGAUGUACUGAUAUUUUUGAUUAAGAAAACAACUUCAGAGAUAUGUUUAUGUAUAUUUAGAUUAGACAGUACGAGGUACUUUAAAAGGUUUUUGUCCUUUCUGACUUUUUGUCAGUUUCAACCACUUGUUAACAUAUAUGGUCCCUAAAAAAAUUUCAUUCCUAUGCUAUUCAAUUUUGAUUGCUAAAAUAAAUAUUUCCAUUCCAAUCGUGUUAAACUGUGAUUCCUAUAAAUAUUAUUCCAGUCACAUUCAACUUUGAUUAUUAUAAAAAAUCACUCAUUCUUGAAAUACAUUUUGAACUUUGAUUACUACAGAAAACUUGCCAAUUCGAAAACAACUUUGGAGGUUAGAAAAAUACUUUUCUUUCUUAUAACAUUACUUUUACUGUGGUUGCUAGAAAAAGCUUUUCAUUCAUUCUUUUUUUCAACCUAUUUCACAACAGAAUUCUUAUUCCUUUUUUUUAUUUCAUCAUAGUUUAGCCUCAUAUUUUUUUCUUCCUGACCAUAUAAUUAACUGGACAAUUGUGAUGAUAUAUAUCAAAACAAUUCAACUUGACCUUGCUUUUCUGUUAUAUUAAAUGAAGAAAAACUUGUUUUGUGGCUUCCUUCUUGUAAAUGCUUCUUGUAAAAGUUUUAGUUCAUUACUCUUAUCCAAGACAAACCUAAUUAUUUAUAUUCACUUUGUGAUUAAAUAUUAUUAAAUUCCAUGCAGUAAGUAUUGAUAUCAGUCAUAGUGAAUUAACUUAGUAUUUGUUCCAUUAAAAAUUAAGAAAGAUCAUUAUCAAAUAAUACUUAAACAGAUAUUUGUCAGCCUUAAUUUUUAAUAUUAUUUUGUUGAUUUUUUAUAGUUUUUUUACUCUGGUGUAUUAUUCAAGACUAUUUAUAAUCAAAAAAGCCAUUUUUUGUGUAAAAUAUAGUUGAAACUAAAAUACUACUUAUUGCCAAAGUAGGUAGGGAAGUAUGUAGUUUUGAGUAGGAAGAGAUGUAGCCAAAUUGUAUUUUAGAUGUCAUCAUGAAUUCUUAAAUGGUAUUAUACUUAUUUUAUAUGUCUGUGUUUUCUCAUUGAGUAUGCAGUGUCUCAAAAAAUGCCAGCACCACUGAAAUUAUAGGAACAAUUAGUUAUCCAUGAAAUACUAAUUUUUAACACCAAUUUGUUACAUUUUGUCCCACUUUUAUAUUUACUUUUUUCUGAUUAAAUCACUCUCCAUGCUAACUAACUGGAAUCACAUCACUUUUCAUGACCCAUGAUUAUAAAACCCUGAACCUCAAGAUAACCAAAGCCUAUUACAGUGAAAUUAAGCCUUGAUGGUUUUGUUGUUGUCCUUACACUGAGCUAUGUAUUUGUUUUAUGGCUUAAAAUAUUUUAAUUGAAAUAUUUGAAACAAACAAGACUAACCUAUUUUGAUGUGUCAGUGACUUUUGGCCAUCUAUUCAGUCUGAGAAAAUUAUACUUGAGAUCCUUUACAGUUAGGAUGUAAUAUUGAAUCAGUUACCUCUGUAAUAGUGUUCUAAAACAUAUUUUAUAUUUGGAUCUUGUUAUUCAUUUGUUUAUUUUAUUAUUUCAUUGAUUAAUUAUUCUCAUAUUAUCCAAGUAACUGUUAUUUCAGAAAAAAAAUAUAGUAGAAUUUUCUAAAUAUAAUAUAUGCACCAGUUUUAAGUUAGUAAAACUUUGAUUCUGUAAGUUAGAAAAAGUGAUAACAUCGGGUUGUAUUGUAUAAUAAUAAUCUGUUUCUUUGUAUAUAAAAAUCGAUGUUUUUAUUUCCCUCAUUCAAAAUGUUUUUGUUUAGUUGGUUGAUUUUGGUGAUGUAGAUAUAUAUAUUCACUGUAUUUCAGUUCAGUCAUUUAAAGCCAAAUGAAUAUUAUUUUCACCAUAAGAAAUUUGUAAUGUUAUAGUUUUAAGAGUUUUUGAUUAUUUUAUGAACGGAUAUUUCUAUAUCAUCAUGUACUAGUGUUUGUAUGAAUAAAUGGAGUUAUUAAAUGUC